AUGCAACGACAUGGUUUUAUCAAAUCGUUUUCAAAUGAUUCUAAAGAACAUCAACCGCCAUUAUUUAAUAAUCAAGAUUCAUUAUCGUUCGGACAAUCCAAAGAUAAUAACCGAUCACCUUUGAGAAAUCCAUUUUUGGAUCAUGAUUCACAUAUAUUAAUAGCUUCGGCUGUUCUAAUUCCAAUUAUUUUUACUCUUAUUCUAUGUAUAAUCGUAUGUUGUAUUUAUCGACAUAAUAAGAGACGAUCUCAACGAGAUAUAAAUUCAUCAAUAAAACCUAUCAAUCAUCAACCUGAUAUGGGCGUACCACCAAUCUAUUUUAAUCCCAACUAUAAACCAUUCACUUUGGAAGAACCACCACCAUCCUACGAUCUACUAUCAAAAACAAAAAAUGAUUCAUUAGAUGCAAAAAUAAAUAAUAAUACUCAGUAA